UGAUCCGGUUCCUCUUUACGCCCUGCCACCUUCUGCAUUCGAGAAGAUAACCCUUCACCGUAGCGGAUAAACAUGCCGGGGCUCCUGAAGAUCAUCGCUAGUCGUGCUGCUCCUGCCCUGCGGGGACACAACCUCACUCAGAGGGCUAAUCUCUACACUAGACCGGCAAAGGAAAAGAUCGGCCCAGCUGAAACUGCCAUUGGAAUGAGCAUGUUUUCCCUGGCCAUCCUGGGACCAGCUGGAUGGAUCCUGGCCCACUUGGAGGACUACAAAAAGAAAGACUAAAAUUGCCAUUUUAAUUAUCUCAUACCUGGUGUAUCCAGCCUCCUGUCUCCAGUGACAACCUGGGACCAUCAUCAUUAUACUCCGCUGCAGAAAAGAAUAUGGAACAAGUUUUACCUUGACUCUUCUACCUCGCUGAUUGUUUCACUCCACAUCCCAGAUAGAAACCAACUGUUUCCAAAACACAGAUUCUGAUACAUUGAAUGCGUAAAAACUUGUAUUGUACCUUGUAUCUUCCCUCUUAAGGAGUAUGUUACAAGAUUAAAUUUUAAACAUCU